AUGAGAAUGCCCAUCAAGGCAGACGAAAAGCUUGCAGUAACACUACGCUUCUUAGCAACUGAAGAGAGUUUCGAAAGUUUGCAGUACCAGUUCCGCAUCAACAAGUCUACAAUCUGCAAAUUUGUACCUUGUGUUUGCGAGGCUAUAUACAAGACACUAAAAGGGGAAUAUUUCAAUUUCCCCGCAUCACAGGAGGAGUGGCUUGACUUAGCAAAAGAUGCUGAAGAAAGGUGGCAGUUUCCGAACUCUUUUGCUGAUGCAGAUGGAAAACACAUUUCCAUCUAUCACCCACAUUGUUCGGGGGCAACAUUUUAUAACUAUAAAGGGUUUUAUAGCAUCGUACUGCUUGCCUUCGUAGAUUAUAAUUACCGAUACAUUUUUGCUGAUGUUGGGUUAGGGUUGUUGGAUGUUGGGUAUCCAAGGAAGGAUUAG